UCACUACACUUGUUACUGCCUGUCCUGAGCGCGGAGAGGGCGAGCUCCGGUCGCGGGCAGGGCGGGAGCCAACAGCCGGCGACCGAGGGAGACAGAGAGGCGCAGAGACCGCAGUAAUAUCCACUAUAACCAGCCAUCUAACCCCACCCCCCAACACACACCCAUCCAUCCCACCCUUCAGGAGAGGCAGCCAGCGGCCCCGCUCUCUGCGCCCAGGGAAAAAGCCCCAGCCAUGAGCAAUCAGUACCAGGAGGAGGGCUGCUCGGAGAGGCCCGAGUGCAAAAGUAAAUCUCCAACUUUGCUCUCCUCCUACUGCAUCGACAGCAUCCUGGGCCGAAGGAGCCCAUGCAAAAUGCGGCUGCUGGGAGCCGCGCAGAGCUUGCCCGCCCCAUUGGCCAGCCGCGCCGACCAGGAAAAGGCCGUGCAAGGUAAGCUGCGCUCACCAGACUCCUACAAAGAGCGCUGGGCACUGUUUUGGAUGUUCGAUGUUCGGGGGCCAGGGGCCUGGGCCUGCAGUGGCACCUGUGCCAGGCGCUUCCUCGAAGGGAAAGAGCGGCCUGUGCCUGUUGUACCCCCUUCUAACCCCCUCGCAGGCCUUUCCGAGCCAGUUUUCUCCAAGACGAUUUUUCUUUGCCUUUCUGAGCAAGAAGCCGUCGCCCCCUCCCGCUGUGGGCCGCUGGGGCACGGCCUGCGCUCAGGGCCACUGGGCCGCUUCCGCAGCACCCCCAGGGGCCGCUCACCGGGCAGCGCCCUUCUCUCUGGUCUGGGCCUGCGUGGCAGAGCAGCGGGCAGAGGUCGUGCGCGGAGUUUUCAGGGUGGUAGUGGGCUGGCCGAGCCCGGCGGCGGAGGUAGGCUCGGGAAGGCGGCGGCGGCGGCGGCGGCGGCGGCCGUCCAGGCCGAGUCGAGUGCAGGGUGGUGCGGCGGGAACGGACUGGCGUCCAGCUGUGCCGUGGCCGCCACUGGCGCGGUGGCCGCCGCCGCCGCCGCCGCCGCCGCCGUGGCCACCGAGGGCGGGGAGUUAUCGCCCAAGGAGGAGCUGCUGCUGCACCCAGAGGACGCCGAGGGCAAGGACGGCGAGGAUAGCGUGUGCCUGUCUGCGGGCAGCGAUUCGGAGGAGGGGCUGCUGAAGCGCAAACAGCGGCGCUACCGCACCACGUUCACCAGCUACCAGCUGGAGGAACUGGAGCGGGCCUUCCAGAAGACGCACUACCCAGACGUCUUCACCAGGGAGGAAUUGGCCAUGAGGCUGGAUUUGACUGAGGCCCGAGUCCAGGCGGCGGGCAACGCUGUCCCCGGCGCCGCGCUCAGCUCCCGAGGCCGUGACCGCGCUGUUUGCUCUCCCCGCAGGCUGUUUUCCACCAUGGCCCCCCUGACCAGCGCGUCGACCGCGGCCGCGCUCCUGAGACAGCCCACGCCGGCCGUGGAGGGCGCGGUGGCAUCGGGCGCGCUGGCCGACCCGGCCACCGCGGCCGCAGACAGACGCGCCUCUAGCAUAGCGGCGCUGAGGCUCAAGGCCAAGGAGCACGCCGCGCAGCUCACGCAGCUCAACAUCCUGCCGGGCACCAGCACGGGCAAGGAGGUGUGCUAAAGGCUGCCCUCCACGCUCGCGCCCCGGGCGCACCCCGAAAGGUCACCUCACUCAGCACCACUCAAGACCAAAUGGAAACAGAGGACCAGCACACUCCCGAGACGGCACUGAGAGAGCGCAGCCGCCUUCGCAGCAGCCCGGAUGCGGGCAAGGCAGCCCUUGGCGCUACGGGACGUGGCACCUCCUCGGCUGGCUGUCCACCCGCCCC